AUGGACCUCCUCGUCACCGGCACCUUCUCCCUCUCCAACGCCACCUUCACCGACGCCGCAACCAACGCCCCGCGCUUUCGCACCGCCACGAAGCGCGUCCAGCUCAGCGCCAACCACUUCGAGACCUACCUAUACGGCAUCCCCCUCGGACGCGCCGAUGCCUCGAGAUACGUCACUCCAGACGACUUAUCAGAGGAGACGCUGGCGGCAGAUGACGAGCUCGCUGUGUUAGCCGAUCUGGAGCUGAUUGGCACGCUGCGCCUGGCUCAGUACGCGACCGAUUCUGGCCAUAGCGUCGUCGUGAAUAGCAGGGAUAUCACACCCAAAAGGGUGCAUAUGCUGACGAGCGGCGAAACCUUCACCGCAGCCAACGGUAAGGAAUACAAAUGGAAGAUCGAGUCCCAAAUGUCGGGAGAUUGCAAGGUUAGCACGAUCCAUCAUUACAGGACGGAGGGAACCACUAACUGGCUACGCAAGCUCUAUGACAGAGAGACAAAGGCAGUCAUCGCCGAGUACACAUCACGCAAACGACUAUCCAAGAAACCCGGAAAGUUACACAUCGCUGAGGAAGGUCUACCCGUCCUGAACGAGAUCAUCGCUACUCUUGUGUAUAAGAUUCGUCGAUGGGACAACGGAUGGUAA